CCUUAAUAAUCCAUUCACGUCAUUCUAAAACCCUAGCCACCGCUAGUCUGAUCGCUAAAGGCACUGGAGGGGUUUGGAAGGCCAAGCACUCUCGUUUGGCGCCCGAAGGACGCCGAUUCGCUGCUGCAUCUCCUACACCGACAAGAACGCCUACUUCCUCUACGGAUCAGGCGUAAAUGGCUGCUGCUACUGCUAACGCUGUGAACACUGUGACGGGCUACCUGAAAUCCAUUGAGCCCCUGAAUGGCACCAACUAUCCAAGCUGGUAUAAAGAUGUUCAGGUGGCCAUUGCUGUGUGCGAGUAUGAUCUUGCCUUACGUCAAGACAAGCCAGCAGAGCCCACUGAUCCCAAUGGUGAUCGUACUGCCAUUGAGAAGUGGGAGAGAUCAGACAGGAUGGCCAACAUGAUCAUUAAGAACACGAUCACUCCGGCCAUCUGUGGUGCUAUUCCUGAUAAGGACAAGGAUGGUAAUGAUCUGAGCGCCAAGGCAUACCUUGCCAAGGUGGAGGAGAACUUUAAGAGUUCUUCCAAGACUUAUGCUAGCACCCUGAUCAUGAAGAUGCUGACUUCACAGUAUGAUGGGAAAAGUGGAAUCAGGGAGCACAUUAUGAGCAUGUGUGACAUGGCAAGUAAGCUGAAGACACUAGAUAUGGCUAUCUCUGAUGGUUUUCUGGUGCACUUCAUCAUGACUUCUCUGCCAGUACAGUACAGUCCUUUCAAAAUAAGCUACAACACUCAGAAGGCGACUUGGAGCAUGGCUGAGCUCAUUAGCUACUGUGUUGAGGAAGAAUAAAGGCAGAAAGCUGAGAGGAUGAAGGAUGCUGUCAACAUGGUCAGCGAGCGCUUUGGGCGUGUUAGCAUGAGCAACACUCCUAAGCAUCAGGCUGAGUCUGGCAGCAGCAGGCAGCAUAAGAGAAAGUUUAAGGGCCAUAAGAGUAAGGCCGUGUCACAUAAGAAGACCUCUAAUGAGAGGUUGUGCAAGUUCUGCAAGUCACCUAAACAUGAGCCGAAGGAUUGCCAUGGAUUUAAGGAGUGGCUUAAGAACAAAGGUACAAUUACUGAUUAUGUAUCUUUUAUUGAUGAAUCAUUCUUAGUGAAUUUUUCUCCCAAUACUUGGUGGAUUGACUCAGGUGCCACUGUGCACAUUUCCAAUUCACUGCAGGUAUUCAGUUCGAUCCGAACUAUAAGAGAGGGGGAGCGAAGUCUAAGAGUGGCUGAUGGCAAUGAAGUGAAGGUUGAAGGCAUUGGGAGCUUCAAUCUGGAGUUACCAGGCGGCUUCAACCUUAGUUUGCAUGAUGUUCUUUAUGUUCCAAGUUUGAAGAGAAACCUUAUU